AUUAUGGCAAGACUUCACAUACCUCACAGACAGCAGGAUGUUUGUAUGAUGCAAGUCUUUGUAGACAUAAACCAGGAGAGGUGGGAACAGGAACUAAGGGAAGCUGGGAGUCUGGAUGAGCUUCUUAUGUUGACCGAGUACCCAGACUGGAAGCUGUGGAGAUGCAGGCUCAAGCUGAAGCACUUUGAAUAUGCCACUCCGCCUGAGAACCGCAGGUCAACUCGCUAUGCAGCCGCUUCGUUCAGCCCAGAGAUGUUAAAAGAUAUUGAUGACGAAUGGCAGAAAACACAGUGUAUGCCCAGAGAGACGUGUGUAGAUGUGGCAAAAGAGCUGGGCACCAAUACGGCUGUGUUCUUUAAGCCCCCGUGCGUCUCAGUCUUCAGGUGUGGCGGCUGCUGCAACAAAGAGGGAGUUACCUGCCGUAAUACAAGCGUGACUUAUGUCAAUAAAACU